ACCCUCUGAGACGCAGGCGGAGCGGCAGCGCGGCACAUGUUUGGCGCUUCCAGAUCUGUGCUGUAAUUCCCUCUCUGUCCCUGCUCCCUGCUGCCAGCACUGCGGAUCAGCUCAGUGGCUCCAUGACGAGCUGUGUUCAAGAGCUAUGUUAAAGCUGGACAACAGUGCCAAAUCUCAGCAAUCUGUCAGACAGCAAGAGCUCCCUUUAGCAUGGGAAGACCUGCAUAGAGCACGGAAACUGACAGGCCUGAUGACAUCAUGCUCCAGUAUCACUCCCCUCCCUCCCUAGCCCUUUCUUUUCUCUUCUCCCUCUUUCUCAGUUUCUUCCCUCACUCAUUUCUCUCCCCCUCUCUUUCUCAAUCCCCCCUUCGCUGGAGCUCACCUCAUGACCCCUGCUACCACCAGGAUGGGCGUGCACGCCACUGCCUGUCCGAUUUUAUUAACGCUGCCUACGGUGUGCCUGUACGGGCUGAAGACCUGAGUCAAGGGACCGAGAGAAACAUCAGCACCCUGACUGACCUCCACAAUCCCCAUAAUCUGACCUGCUGGAAAGCUUCAGAAGGUUCAGUCACUGGGGAUUGGACCUUUACCAUUCCCCUAGGCAGACGCUUUGAGGUCACAUACAUCAGCUUACAAUUCUGCCAGCAGGUGGAGCCCACUGAACCUUUCUCCAUUUCUAUCCUAAAGUCAAUGGACUACGGACGCAGCUGGCGUCCCCUGCAGUUCUACUCCAGCGACUGCAUGGGGAGAUUCGGCCUUCCUGCUCAGUCUGUUGCUCUUAGCAGACACCAGGAGACUGAGUCUCUGUGCUCGGAUCCAAGGCCUUUCCAGAAACACCGUGGUGGGGUUGUUUUGGCUUUUUCCACUCUAGAUGGACGGCCUUCCUCCUCUGAUUUCGAAUACAGUCCUGGCCUCCAGGACUGGGUGACUGCCACUGAUAUCAGGAUAGUGUUUCAUCAAUCACAGGGUAAAUCAGUCAAGCACGACAAGAAGCCAGAUGAAGUGGGUGAGGUUCUGAAAUGGCCAGCAAGGUCAUUUGAUGAAGCGACUCAAAGUAAAAAGCAAAGAGCAGAGAAUGCAUGGACUAAAGCUACUGAAAUAAGGACAAACAGAAAAGGGGAAAAACUAGAAAAAUCAUCAAGAAGAAACCGCAACAAGAGUUCCUCACAAGAAACUGGACACAAUGUGACCCGCAAACAGACGGAGACUCAAGAAGGCAGAGGCAAAGGACGGGGCCAUAAGAAAGAUACACCUCGGUGGAAGCCAUGCCAGGAUGGCGUGUGUGAUUGGAUGAUAGAAAAUCAGGGGCAAAGCUCUAAGAGGAAGGAGUUGAGGAAGCGGAGAAACAAUGCAGGGCGUGAAGGGUCUCGUUCCAGAUUAAGAAAUAAGGUUGCCCAUCACCUCUCACCAUCCUCUCUCUCAACCCCGCCCGCACUUCGUCUUGCUCUCUCUGAUGUCCAGGUGGGCGGCAGGUGCAAAUGUAAUGGUCACGCAUCCCGAUGUCGGCGUGAUGACAAAGGUCAUGCAGUAUGUCAAUGUGAACAUCACACAGCUGGACCAGACUGCGAUGUCUGUGAGCCAUUUUAUUAUGAUCGCCCUUGGCAACGAGCCACGCCCACCCAGCCACACCCGUGCGUCCCAUGUCAGUGUAAUGGCCACUCCAAUAAGUGCAAGUUCAGUAUGACAGUGUUCCAGCAAUCUGGCCGGGUCAGUGGAGGAGUGUGUUUGAAGUGCAGACACCACACAACUGGACGCCAUUGUCAGUUGUGUCAGAAUGGAUACGCCCGUGACCACAGCAAGCCCCUCAACCAUCGCAAGGCCUGCCAACCAUGUCAGUGCCAUCCUCUAGGCGCAGUGGGCCACUGGUGUAAUCAGUCCACAGGCCAGUGUCUCUGCAGGGAGGGAGUUACAGGACAAAGAUGUAACCGCUGUGCUCCAGGAUACAAACACGGCCACUCGCCCCUCCGGCCCUGCAUUCGCAUCCCAGAAGCUGCUCCACCAACCCCAGUUUACCAGCCCCAAUAUAGCAUAGCUGAGGAGUGCCUCUCUUAUUGCCAGCCUUCUCAAGCCAAAGUCAAAAUGAAUUUAGAGACAUUCUGCCUCAAAGACUAUGUGCUAAAGGUUCAGGUUAGGGCUAAGGAGCGCUCUGGUCCCUGGUGGCAAUUCUCUGUGUGGGUGCAGUCUGUUUUCCGUGUUGGAUUGUCUCAAGUUAAAAGAGGUGUCCAUACCCUCUGGGUUCCUGAUCGUGAUGUCAGCUGCGGUUGCCCCACCCUCCAAGUGGGCAGGACCUUCCUCUUGAUUGGUGCGGAGGAAAACAGGAGGGGCUGGGCCCCAGGAGAGAGGCGACUGGUUGCCGAUCGCUCCACCAUGGCCCUACAGUGGCGAGAACACUGGAAUCCCAAACUGAGGGGAUUUCGUGGCCAGGACAAUAGGGGGAAAUGCCUUCCACAGACAAACUCCACAACACGGACACACUCCCACCUACACACACAUGAGGAAUACAUCCCACCACAUCUCGAGAAACUCCAGCCUGAGAGACUGCGUAUUCACCAUCAACUGGCUGUAAAGUCUGAAGAAACUGUCCACACACACUCACACAACAAUGCUCCCAGCACACAUGAAAAUAACACAGAUACGCCAGACAUAAAAAGACAGCUUGAUCAUGACAGAGACAAAUUCGAGAAUGAAGAUACGCAAAAUUUUUUGCAGGAAACACAGCAUCCUCUAUCUGAUGCACCAGCAAAAACUAGCCCAACUAAUGAGCCUCAGCAGCUCCACACAACGUGUUUGCCUACAUCAUCACCAGUGCUUUCUGUAACACAUGGACAGAAGGAAGAAAGCUCAACAGAAACAGAAAGUGCACAUUAAAUAACUAUGAUGGAGUUAGUUAUGCAGUGCACAAAGAAAUGUCAUGUUGUCAGUUUGGUUCUCCACUAGAAAGACCAUUACUACCCCGAUCCUAAACGCUGGAAGAAACCUUAAUACACAGGUAGUUUAGCAUAAAUAUAGUGAUCUUUGGCUGAUUUGUUGAGAACCAGGGUUGACAUUUGUAUUUUAAAGCAUUUGUUAGACAGAAAAGAUUUGGUGUGAUAUUUGAUUUUAUACCAAAGUGCUGUUGAAUUCUUGAACAUGUUUUGUCAGAUGGUGUUCAUUCAUUUUAUAUAAGAGCAGCUCUGACAAUAGUGCCAUCAUUAAUUCAAAUCACAGGUUUAUAUUCAUGUGCUUGUUCUAAAACAUUAUUGUUUCACAGCACAGGGACUUGUAUGGCAGUUGUUUCAAAUAAUCUAGACCUAAUAAAAAAGUGCUGUUAUUUAACAAAGAAAAAUCUAUAAUUAGUGAUACGGUGGAGCUUUCAGUAAGGAGAGGUUAUUUAACAUUAAUGGAAGGAGACUCCAGUGUUAGUGCUGUUUUCCAUCAUGGGAAAGUCUUCAGCACAGAGAACUUUGUGCUUUCUGGGUUCUCACUAACAUGAUAAGCUGAGUUUUUUUUGUCUUAUUAACUUCAAGAGAAAGAAAAAAGAGAAGCUGAUGAGAGAAUGUCUGUUUAUAGCUGCUAUAAUGUAAGUGACAACAGGAAUUGACUUGUUUUGCAGAAGUUCCACAACAUCAAAUGUAAUAAAACGGAAAAGAUAAUA